CGAAAUCGGUGGUUGAAACUGAUAUAUCCGCGGACUAAGAUUUUUUCUUUUUUCUGUCAAAAGUUCGAUCGGUCAAGAUGUUUCAAUUUGAUAGCUUCUGAUUCUUUGUCUGGAAUCCGCGAUUAGUCAAUGGAGAAAUCUCGCGGUAAUUGCAAGAUCAAGAUUCCGAAGGCGAAGGCUUCGAAUGAGAAUAUUUCACCGAUGAAAUUAGAGAUGGAGGAUCCGAUGUUUAUUGGAAGUAGACGCUUUCAUCAAUCGAUGGCAUUGAGUCCAACCUUUCAAUCGUACGCUGAAAAUCUUGACAUUAACUCUCCGCUUGCGCGUUACUUACUCGCCGGAUCUCCGAUAUCCGGUGGGGUCUCGCCUUCUGGUGAGUCUUUCACCUCUCCGACGAUUGGCUCCCGCAAGAACAGGUCUGCAUUACUGCAGCAAUAUAACAGUAGCAGUUCAGGGAGUAGUAGCUGUGGCUCUCGAAAUAGGUUGCCGGUUUCGCCCCUGUCUUCAAUUGAGAAUUUGGAGAUGAUGCCAUUGAUUUCGUCACCUGUGUACGGAACACCGGUAAAGGCAGAAGAAGAAGUUCUUGUGAUGGACGACAUCCAGGUGAAGCUAACAUCGUCUGGAGGGAAGAGGCUCUUGACGGACGUCACGAAGAAGUUUGCAAACGGAAAAGAGCAGCGUCCUGUUCGUCUUUCCAGCGCUCACAAAUCUGAGGCACAUGCGAGCAAGUCAUCUUCUGGUACAGGAUCAAGCGCAUGUGGUCCAAGAAGCCGCACUUUUCGUCACUUCCAGGGUGCAGCUGUAUCUGAAGAAGCGGUUAAAACAUCCAAACCAGCUUCGCCUGUUAAACCUGAACCUGACCGUGCCUUAGCCAAUUCUCACACCAAUGACUGGUCACCCCUGGAUGAUAACAUUGUGCUUGUUGUUCCACACGCUUCACCUAAUAAUUCUCCCUCAAGGGAACAUGUUGAUGCUUAUAUUUCCAGCGUUCUCUACGGCCCCUCCACUAAAAACAGGCUACCAGCUUUUGCUGAACUUUGUUCGGAGAAGCUAUCUCCAUGAUUGAAAGCCCUAUAUUUGCUGUCAGAAGGUAAUAUUGCACAUUCUCAUAUCCUAUCCUCUGAAAUCCUUAGUUUCUUUUGCUGCUGAAAAACUCUACCAUUUCAAACAUGUUGGUUGUACCUGUGCAUACUUUAGUAUCCUGAUUUCUGAGAAAUCAUUAUUCCCCUAGCUUUCACGAACGAGGUCAUUCAUAUGCCGUGUAAAUAGCUGUUUCAUUAGGUGCACCGAAAAGCUAUCUCUAGCACUAUGAGCUUCAUCUUAUAUCUCAUUCGUUGUUGAAAAUUACAAUGAAUAAGUGGACUUCUAUACGCUAUUAGAUUGAAUAUUACCUCCAUUCGUUUUUUGGAAA